AUGUCUUAUUAUUUCAAAAAUUUGAAGCCUGGACAAGAAUCAGAUUCUGAAGAGGAUGAUUUAGGGAAAGUUUUAGCUAGGAAUACUCAACAAGAAGACGAAUCUACAGAUGAUGAACUUAAAACAUUAUCUUUUGGUUCUUUGAAGAAAGCUGAUGCCAUUUUGGAGGAUGAAGACAGUGAGGACAGUGAGGAAGAAGCAGACAAGAAGAUGGUGAAUGAAAGAAAGAGGAAACAAGUCCAAGAAGAACUUAAAGUAUCCAAGAAAAGGUAUGUGGAGGAAGAAUUUGAAGAUGAUAGCAGUGAUAGUGAUAGUGAUAGCGGAAGUGAUAAUGAAGGUGGAUUUUUUGAAGAAGACAGUGGUGAUGAAAUAGGUGUCAAGUCUAAAAAGAAGAAUAAGAGCAGACAUAAACAUGCACCAACAGAACACUCUUCAAAGAAAAGAGUCUCAAAGAUAAGAAAAAUACCUGGAUUAGAGACAUCUAGACCAAAAUCUAACCUUUACACAGACAUUAGAUUUGACAAAUCUACUGGUGACGAUAUAGACGUCAAUUCCAUAAGGAAAAGGUAUGCAUUCUUAGAUGAAUAUAGACAGAAAGAAAUCGACGAAUUAGAAGGUAUGUUAAAAGAUCGUAAGUUUGUCAAUAAAUUAGGUGACAGAGAAUAUGAAGAUAUGCAAGGAAACUUGAAAAGUAUGAAAUCUAGAUUACAAACCGUCAAGAACAGAGAUCUCGAAUCUAAGGUUAUCAAAGAAUAUGAAGAAAAGAUAAACAUGGGAAAUAAAAAUAGAUAUCAUCUAAAGGAAUCUGAGAAACGUAAAGUAUUGCAGAAAUGGAAAUUUGACCAUAUGAAGGCUAAACAACGUGAGAAGGUUAUGGAGAGAAAGAGAAAGAAGAAAUUGGGUAAAGAAUUUAAGCAAUUUGAAUUCCACAAGCAAAGGUGA